GCUCCAACAUCCUCUCUGCUCCAGCUAGCUGCCCCCCUCCGGACCCCAAACCUUCUACAUGUGUUUCGAACCGUCUUCUCCAUAAAACGGGAAAGCAGCAAAUCGCGGUUGAAGUUGAAGGGGCCACCGUUAGCGGCGUCAGGCUGUUUUUUUUUUCUUGAUGUUUUUUUUCUUCUUUGAGCCGGUGUUCCCAGUAAACCAGGAAAAUUGCUUGGUGUAGCUGCAUCGGAGAGAAGGCUCGGGAGGAGGCGAAACUGCGGGAUAUGAUGACCGAGAAAGAGACGGUGACCGAGAAGAUAAUAACCGAUGCAAUGGCCAAUCCUUCUCCAGCAAAGAGCAUGGGUGACCCUGGAAUUACCCCUCUGUCUCCUUCACACACUCAGCAGAAUGACACAGACCAGGUACCAUCAGGGCCGUCCUUUGUGGUGGUGGUAGCCAUUGAUUUUGGCACUACAUCCAGCGGUUAUGCUUACGCCUUCACUAAGGAGCCAGAGUGCAUUCACACGAUGAGGCGCUGGGAGGGUGGAGACCCUGGUGUGUCCAAUCAGAAGACUCCAACCACCAUUUUACUGACCCCAGACAGAAAGUUCCACAGUUUCGGCUAUGCGGCUCGUGACUUCUACCAUGACCUGGACCCCAGCGAGUCCAAACACUGGCUCUACUUAGAAAAAUUCAAAAUGAAGCUUCAUACAACUGCAAAUCUGUCCAUUGACACUGACCUCCACGCAGCCAAUGGGAGGCGAGUUAAAGCCCUGGACAUCUUUGCAUAUGCGUUGGCCUUCUUUAAAGAGCAAGCACUAAAGGAGCUUAGUGAUCAGACGGGCGGCGAGUUUGACAACAAUGAUGUAAGAUGGGUGAUCACAGUUCCUGCCAUCUGGAAAAUGCCUGCAAAGCAGUUCAUGAGGGAAGCUGCCUAUAAGUCUGGUUUGGUUUCCCGUGAAAACCCGGAGCAGCUCAUCAUUGCCUUAGAACCUGAGGCAGCUUCAAUCUACUGUCGCAAGCUCCGCCUCCACCAGAUGCUGGACCUUGGCACCCAGACCACCCAGAAUGGCUUCAGUCCCACUGACAAUGUGGGGAGUGGAAUGAGCCAAGCCAAGGAGCAUGUUCGGCGCAACCGACAGAGCCGUACCUUUUUGGUGGAAAAUGUCAUAGGGGAGCUUUGGUCGGAGCUGGAAGAAGGCGACCGCUAUGUGGUGGUAGACUGUGGUGGAGGAACGGUGGACCUGACUGUCCAUCAGAUCCGUCUUCCAGAAGGACAUCUGAAGGAGCUCUACAAGGCCUCAGGUGGUCCCUAUGGUUCUAUCGGGAUUGACUAUGAAUUUGAGAAGCUGCUAUGUAGGAUCUUUGGCCAAGAUUUUGUUGACCAAUUUAAGAUAAAGAGGCCAGCCGCCUGGGUGGACCUGAUGAUUGCAUUUGAGUCUCGGAAGAGAGCAGCAGCUCCUGACAGAACCAAUCCCCUCAACAUUAAUUUGCCCUUCUCCUUCAUCGACUACUACAAGAAGUUCAGAGGCCACAGUGUGGAGCACGCCCUGCGCAAAAGCAAUGUGGACUUUGUUAAAUGGUCAUCUCAGGGGAUGCUGAGGAUGAGUCCAGAUGCUAUGAAUUCCCUCUUUAAGCCCACCAUAGACCACAUCAUCCAACAUCUCACUGAGCUCUUUGAGAAGCCAGAAGUCAGCGAUAUUAAGUUCCUGUUUCUAGUGGGAGGUUUUGCUGAGUCAACCCUGCUGCAGCAAGCCGUCCAGAACAUGCUCCAGGGCCGCAGCCGCAUCAUUAUCCCCCAUGACGUUGGCCUAACCAUCCUGAAAGGUGCUGUACUGUUCGGCCUGGACCCCAGUGUCAUCAAAGUCCGCCGCUCUCCCCUUACAUACGGGGUGGGUGUCCUCAAUCGCUUUGUGGAGGGCAAGCACCCACCGGAGAAGCUACUGGUGAAGGAUGGCACCCGCUGGUGCACUGACGUCUUUGACACCUUCAUUGCUGCCGACCAGUCCGUGGCACUCGGCGAGAUGGUAAAGCGGAGCUACACGCCAGCCAAACCUUCCCAGCAGGUUAUCGUCAUCCACGUCUAUUGUUCUGAGAAGGAGAGCGUUGGGUUCAUCAGCGAGCCCGGUGUCAGGAAGUGUGGGACACUUCGCUUGGAUGUGAGCGGAACGGAAAGCACGGCACCACGUCGUGAAAUCCAGACGCUCAUGCAGUUUGGUGACACAGAGAUCCGGGCAAUGGCAGUGGAUGUGUCCACUGGACGCACCGUCAAAGCAAGCAUCGACUUCCUAAGCCAUUAACUAGGCCAUGAGAAAGUCAAUGUUUCAGAAUUAUUGAAAGCAAUGAAAACACACACAUACAACAAUCUGUGGAUAUUUACUGGAAAGCUGUUAAUGUUCAUGAAUCACAAUGCUCAGUCACUCAGUUUAAGAUUGGGUGGUAAACUGAGUGAAAGUGUUAAGCUUCACCUAAAACCCAGACAUUCAACUGUAGAAUCCAUGUUAUGGCAAGGAAAAGAAAAGUAGUGUGAAAGAGCUCAGUGUGUUUAGGUCUGUCACUUUACUCCAUCCACUAGUUUAUUUUCUGAGGAGCUCCACAGUUUUCACACACUCAUGACAAACCCAUAUACCCCGUGCUGGGACUACAGUUUUGUUUAAUCAUUUUUAAGAACUCCUGACAGGAAAGAUAAAGUCUUAAUCACUAUUGAACACUUCUCAGCCACAAUGAUUUAUCAUAGGACAGCUUUUCAGAUCUUCUGUCACAAUUCAAUGCAUCUUUCCAUGCUUCAUGUUCUUUAAGGUUUCAGCAGAUCAUUGUGUGUCCUUCAUGAUGCUGGUUUAUGCAGUGUCUUGUUGCUCUGUAUAUGCACUACAGAUCAUUUUAAGAGAUAAAAGUUUGAACAUUCUCUAAUGAAAUAUAAUGAUAUAUCUUAAUGCUGUUAAUAUUCUCCAAACAUGACAUCAGCACCGCUUCACUACAGUUCUGAGGACCAUGCCAGUCGUUUUGCAUGAUUUAGCUUUAAAUAGUGUCAAUCAUUUUCUGGAGCAUACCAUUUUAUUUUAGCCAGUUAAGCUGAACUGUGGGCUGCAAGGUGGCGCAGUUGGGAGCACUGUUGCCUCGGGAUCUUUCUGCGUGGACUUUGC